ACUAUUCGCACUAUUCAUGCCCAUCAACCACACAAAUCUAUACUCCAUAUACCCUUUCACAAUAUACACAAUAUACACAAUAGUUAUAGAGUACAAACCACACUCUAUACUCCAUAUACACCCAUACAUAUAUCCACCACCUUUUAUACACUGCCAUACUACUUACUGUAUACUCUCUAUACACCUUUCCCGCCACUACCAUCCCACGCUACCCAACUACACCAGACUACACCAGACUACACCAAACUACACCAACCACCAUCCAUCCCCAUUGCCUCCCCAUUGCCUCCUUCUGACUGGUUAGCCACAGCUUAGGUCUUGGUCCUCUCGGCCUUCAAACCGUUCGGAACUAGGUCUGUCUACUCCUACUACGCCUGCUUGGUCCUAUCCAUCGGUUGUUCGCCUCUAUCCUAUCCACUCACCUGCCUGCCUGCCUCACCACUCACCACUCACCUCGACUCACACCACAACCACCACGAUCCGAUCACCACCAGCAACAAAUAGACAAGAAAAUUAAUCCUGCUGCCACAACUCCCCGACCCUUUCCUUCAUUCUCUCUCCUCGAUUGGCAAGCUAUCCUUCACCCUCCCAACAAUCCAAAAACAAUUAUUCAACUCGACUGCAUCCCUCAUUUCCAGUCCGAGUCCCACCACCCACCAACCACACAAACCGCCAGCCGAUCGCCGCCGCUCCCUUUGACGAAUCGCCGACGCAGUUCAACAAUACCCAACCACAACCACACGCAUUUGUUGUAGCAUGAUAGCAGUCGGACGACGCCCUCACCGCGCCGCUCCUCCCUCGACUCCCCGUUUCGCUGCGAGAGACACCGCCCAGCAUGCCUCUCACGACGUCAUCCAACGCUGCAAAUACCAUUACUAACGGCGUUAUCAACGAGAAUGUUGAUCCCGCUCUGAACCCCAAGGCUGCGACGGCCUUCCCCCCGCCGAAGACCGACAAGCCGCGGCCACACAUCUGCGCGACCUGCACGCGCUCGUUCGCGCGGCUCGAGCAUCUCAAGCGCCACGAGCGCUCCCACACCAAGGAGAAGCCCUUCGAAUGCUCCGAGUGCACGCGCUGCUUCGCGCGGCGGGAUCUGCUCCUGCGCCACCAGCAGAAGCUGCAUAUGACCACUACGCCCUCGUCACGGCCGCGGAACCGCCGCGAGAGCGCCAGCAGCACGGCGACGUCCGCCGCCAAGAUACGGAAGGGCUCGGUGGCCAAGGGCCAUGGUCAGAUGAGGCCGCGCGCGAACACCAUCAGCCAUGUCGAUAAUGCGGCCAUACACCUGAUCGCGCCGAAUUCCGCGAACCCGAGGAAUAUCGUGCAGGGGACGCAUAGCCGGCAUGGCAGUCUGAUGGGGCUCUCGGCGCACGAUAGCUAUCAUCUGGCGGGGAUGUCGGCGGCGCUGGGGCAGCGGGGAAUGUCUCACAAUGGGCUGCCGAAGCUGGAUAUGGAUGGGGUGAAUACGGCGACGAUGGGCGGGGGAUUGCGGACGGCGCCCGUGGAUCCACGGAUCCUGGCCGAGUUCGACUGGGAUAUGUUUAAUCGCGAGGGCAGCACCGUCAACCCCAACGCAUUGCACUACAGCGAUUCGCCACAGUCCAUGGCCAUCGACUCGGCCUCGGCCUACCAGCACGCAUUCCCGGAUAUGACCGGAGGCCAGCCAAUGGAGGAGAACUUUGACUGGAUGAACGGCUUCGAGCACCAAUUGGACUUUACCGCAAACGAGAAUGCCAUUGACGGCUCGUCGCCCUCGGCAAUCAGCACCGCGAGCCAGAGCGGCAUCAGCGAGGUGAUGCUGGACGGCUCGAACCAGCCCGUGAACCCGGGAUCCAUGUGGCAGCAGAGCAUGAUGGCUCCGGCAUUGAUGGCCCCUGGGAAUUUCGGCUUCGAUCUGUCCCUGAACGGCUUCCCGGAUUUCCUCCACGGCGGCGCCCCGAUCUCACCACACAACCUCUCCCAAAAACAGGCUUCGGAUACAUAUUUCUCUACGCCGCCACCAUCGAUGAGCUCGCUGAGCCCGUCCAUGAUGCCGGGCCUCACCAACACUAAUGGAAUCCACCACACGAUGAACUUUGGCCCGGAGACACCCUCCUCCGUGAACGGAGUCAACCCAUACUCACCCGCAGCCACCAUCACCGAAGCCACGCGCCAGGUGCUCGUGGUUGCGCUGAACCAGAUCACACCAUUUGGCGGCCGCAAGAACUCGUUCCAGUUCAGCGCACCGGCGCAGUUCCGCGGCCAGCCGAACGAGAACGCGCGCAGCCUGCCGAGCACGGCCGACCUGCAGCGUUACGUAGGAGCAUACGUUACAUAUUUCCAGCCGCACUUGCCAUUCCUGCAUCUCCCGACGCUGUCGUUUGAUGUGCCGGCGUCGCAGAUCAAUUCGGCGAGGCAGUCUGGGAUGGUUGGCGGUAGGGGAUGUCUGAUGCUCUCCAUGGCGGCGAUAGGGGCAUUAUACGAGAUGGACCACGCCGUGUCGAGGGAGAUUUUCGAGCUCGCCAAGAAGAUGAUCCAGCUGUACCUAGAGGAGCGCAGGAAGGCUGACGUACGAAAGGCCGAUAUGCGGAAGGCGGGAGUUGCGGACUCGGGCCAUGCUACGUCGGAGAACUCGGUGCAUACGCCCGUGUGGCUUGUGCAGGCUAUGCUGCUCAAUGUCAUCUAUGGGCACAACUGCGGCGACAAGACGGCGGGAGAUAUCGCCGCGACGCACUGUGCUGCGCUCGUGAGCUUGUCCCGUGCUGCGGGCCUACUGAGGCCGCCGAACGGGACGCACCCCGACGACCUGACCUCCUCGGACGACACGCCGAUGGCGGAUAUGUGGCUGAAUGGGAGCAUGCAUGAUAUGUCUGACGAGCAGCGAGAGUGGAUAAACUGGCGGAUCACCGAAGAGCGGAAACGUACUCUCUUCACCGUGUUCGCCCUGUCGAGCCUCCUCGUGUCGGCAUUCAACCACACCCCCGCCCUCACGAACUCGGAAAUCCUCCUCGAGCUCCCCUGCGAAGAGGACUUCUGGGCCUGCGACAGCGCAGCGAGCUUCAACGCCAAGGGCGGCGUCAAGGCCGCGAGCCAGAACCUAAUGCUCUUCCACGACGCGCUUGGCGAACUCCUCCGCACCAGCGAGAAACAGCACAUGCACAACGGUUACGCGAACGGCGGCGCGCCCUCGACGACCCUCAAGCCCAGCACCUUUGGCUGCUUCGUCCUCAUCAACGCGCUGCACAACUAUAUCUGGGAGACCCGCCAGCGCCACCACAACAAGCUCUGGACGAACGAGGAGACGGAGAAGAUGCACCGCCACAUCGAGCCCGCGCUCAAGGCGUGGCAGGAGGCGUGGGCGAGCAACCCAAGCCACAGCCUCGAGCGUCCCAACCCUUUCGGCUUCGGCGCUUUCUCUGCGGAUUCCAUCCCCCUCCUCGAUCUCGCCUAUGUGCGCCUCUUCGUCAACCUCAGCCGCUCGAAGGAGAAGUUCUGGCAGCGCGACUACGAGGGCAUGGCGGAGGAGAUCUCGCGCGGCUCGGAGAUCGUGCAGCACGCCGAGCACUCGCCGGGAUCGAACGGGGACUCGGGAGCGUCGGAGCAGAUGUCUGAGGCGGCGGGGGGGAGCGUCAGUGGGGCGCACUCGCAUUUUGGGGAUACGCCGCCGUCGUCGGGGGGGUCGCCGGGGUUUGGGAAGGUGUUGAUGGCUGGUGGGGUGCAGCAGGGGCAGAUGCAGGGGAAUACGAGUGCGCCCCUGCAGCAGCAGCAGCAGCAGAGUGUUACGGCGCCGGGGACGACGUCGAAGCGGGAGAGGCAUUUGAGGAAGGCGGCGUUUUAUGCGGCGGACUCGCUGUCGAUGUCUGAUAAGCUCGGUGUUACGUUUGCUGACUUCACGUCGAGGGAGUUACCGCUUCAAUCCGCCUUGUGUGCCUUCGACUGCGCGCAGGUUCUCGCGGAAUGGGUAGCUACCGUGCAAGAGCGGGUAGGCUCCUACCUCGGGAUCCUGGGCAGGGAUGAGGUGGACUACAGCCAGGUUCCUGGGAUCAUGCUGCUGGAGGAGGAGGAUAUCAAGCUGUUAAUUAAGAUACAAGAGGUGCUGCAGAGCGCGGAGAUGAAGAUGAAUUACGAGGCUGGGAUGGUGGGGAUGCAAGGGUUGGCGAUGCAGCAGAGGAGUUUGGCGGAGGAGCCGGGGUUUGGGGCGAGGAUUUUGAGGAUUACGAGUUUUAUGCUUGAUAAGGCUGCGGUGUGGCCGAUGACGCAUCUUAUGGCACGCAGUCUGGAGACGCAGGCGAGUCAUAUGAGGGCGCGCGCGGAGGCGUCGGUGGCGCAGAGGGUGUAGAGUGUCCGACGCUCGACGGGCGCUGUGGGCGGACCGUCGGAUGCGAACGAAACUCGAAGCUCGAAGCCUGGAGACUAAAGGCCUCUCAGAACCUGCAGCUACCUGUGUCGAAGACACGGGCCGAUGAAUGAUGAUGUCGACACGGGCUAAAUCAACCAAAAAAAAGUGGGUGGCAGAUGCAGAUGCAGAUGCGAAAAGGGAUAAAUAUCGCGUGCCUACUGACGACCCUGAUGAGGGAUAAGAAGGGGGCAAACUCAGCGCGGAAAAGAGAUAAGAGAGAGAGAGAGAGAGAGAGAAAGACAAUAUGGUUGUUGUUCUAUUCUAUUUCUUACUUUUUUACUUUAUUUUGAAAACACGAACAAAAAGGGAUGGAUGAUAUGGACGGAUGGUAUGGACGGUAUGGACGGAUGGUAUGGGAGAGAGGGGGGGAAGCGUAUAUAUACCUUGGAAUUUUUUGGGAAGGGGGAUGGGGGGG